AUGCUGAUUGAUGACGAUUAUGAUGAUCAUCAUGCUGAUGAUAGUGACGAUAGUGAUCAUGACAAUGAUGGUGAUGAUGGUGAUGAUGAUGAUCAAACCGAGGAUGGUGUGAUGGGUCGCGGUAAACGCGACAAUAACAGCAAACGCUCGUGCCUCGAAGAUGGAAAGGACGACGGUGGCAGCAGGAGCGGUGGCAUUGCAGACAGCACGAAUAAUGACACGCUCCACGACGACAACAGCUGCGACUGGUUCACCGACGAUGAUGGUCAUGGCGAAAACUCCGGUGUUCCCCGUGGUGCUGACACGAAUCAUGAUGACAUGCCCAAUGACACCACCGCAGACACAACCCUGCCCCACACGCCUCUGCAGCUCAGCCUUUGUGAUGAUGGUGCUGGUCCAAUGUUCAGUCCUUUUUCACCCCUGGAUGCAGACAACCUCUCGGCGUUUGCAUCGCACGCAACUCCUGCUUCCAGCACCAAACGGUAUGAGCAGCUGUCGCUGUCUGCGCGAAUUCGCCGCCGCGCCGGCAUUUGUGCGGAGGCAUCGCCGACACUUCCACAGCGCAGUCGCACACGCAGCAAGUACAAGAGCGCAGCGAAGACAGCCGCUGCGUCCACCAAAACAGUGGCUUUGAACCGUCGACGGCGUAUUGUCAGCAGCAGCGAUGAGGAUGACGAUCACGACCGUGAUGAUGUGCAUGAACUUGAGAGUGAUCAUGUCCAUGGCAAUCAUGACAACCCUGGUGGUGAUGAUGGUACCACUGACGAUGAUGGCGUGACACGUACACCUGCCCCAAUGGAGGCCAUCCAUUCAACAAGCACGCCGCAUGCCACCAUUUCUCGUGUCGUACAGCUUCGCAACAACACGAGAUUGAGAACCGUCACCGCAUCAUCGUCGUCGCCAACAACAACAUCAGUGGCCGCGGCGCUGGGGGACGUGGAUUCGCCAACAGCCUCUGGGCGAACAACGGCAAGCGCCUUUGUGCUGCAGCCUGGCGCAUUUGACAUUGUGCUGCUGGUGGACGUGAUGGAACACACGGGCUCACGUCGAGACAAGGGCAUCAUACAGAAACGGCUGUCUGACCUGGGUGUUGCGUGCGAGGUGCGCAAGCUCUCCGUCGGCGACUUCAUCUGGAUUGCGCGCGAACGAACGUCUCCUGUCCUGGGACAACUGCACCCGCCGCCAAGGCGGGAGAUUGCGCUUGAUUACGUGGUUGAACGCAAACGCAUCGACGACCUUGCAUCAAGCAUCAUGGACGGGCGCUUCAGCGAGCAGAAGCGCCGUCUCGCCGCCUGCACUGCAAAGCACCCAAUUUACCUCAUUGAGCACUACGGGCGGGGCGACUCUGCGCGACUACCGGCCGCGACGCUGCGCCAAGCCGUGGACAACGCCUACUGCCAAGGCUUCUUCGUUAAGGAGACAGCCAGCCUGAAUGCAACUGUGGCGUACCUGACGCUUGUGACGCGCUUUCUCGAGCAGUCCAUGCAGCAGCGACCGGCCAUUGCCAGAGGCCGGGGAGCGAGAGCACUGCUAAAGAACUUCCCAUCAGCACAUGUUGGUGAUGAGUUUGGCGAAUUCAACGAGAGCAACGUCAAGUCUCCGGAGAUGACGGCGUCGCAGAUGCUCAUGACACAGCUGAUGCACAUCUCUGGCCUGACGCAAGAAAAGGCCGUGGCCAUUGUGUCCCGCUAUCCAACAAUGGCAGCCAUCACCAAAGCAGCGCAUGAGCAGGAGCUGCAGAAGACGCUAGCUGCGAUGGAGUUCACCACGCGUCAGGGCACAACGCGGAAGAUUGGGCCAACACUCGCGCGUGUGAUUGCACGCUUGUAUGGGGCUGCGUGA